AAAGCCCGUGGAACCCAACGAGCUGUCUGCAGCAGUGCUGAGAGCACCAGCCAUUUUCCUUAUGGAAAACAGUGUGGCAUAUUCUGCUGAGCCUCCCCCUGGAAGAAGCAUGGACUGAAGAAUCCAUUCAGAGAAGAGAGAGGCAAGGGGCAUGCUGGCCGGCGGUUAUGAGAGCCCCCCACGCCUGCGAGCUGCCGUUUGCACCAGCCGUUGACGGCUGCUCUGAUUAGCUGAUUGGAGAACUUGGAAUGCAGAGUGAUAAUGCUGCCUGUCGGCUCUCAGACAGCAGAAAAGGGUUUUGUCUUGGGAAGGCAAGCCUUCCCUGCAAGAUCAUCGCCGCCGCUGCCUGGCUGCUCGCCCUGAAAAGGAGUGACCCAAAAGGAGGGUGUCACCAUCUGCAAACAGGGGUCCUGUGCCUGGCUGCUGCCUAUGAGCGGCGGGGCUGAAGAAGCAGGUGUGUGCUCAGAUGGGCGCCGGGCUGGGAGGCAGGCGGCUGCUCUCGGGUGAACCUGCUUCCGUUAGCAGAUUGUUGGCUCCCAGAGCUCUGCUUACCCGCUGAGGCCGAGGCUGAGAAGGUCCCUGAGUAGUCACUGGACAGACAGAGACACUUGGAUUGGACUUAAUCUUAAACCUCUGGAGUUCAAGACCUUUUAAAAAGGGCUAAAUAAACAAUCUCUACAUGUUAAAGGCCACUGACUCCUACUUCCUCUGUUGAGAGCAACUGUUGAACCCCAGCUGCCUGUAGAGCCAGAAUAGGACAGACUCAUAUACCAUUCUGAUCUGGGUGCAUUUCUUCAGAAGGAAAACUGAAGACUUUAAUAGCAAACCCUCCAAGGUCAAAAUGAAUACAGAUAGCGGUGGGUGUGCUCGCAAACGUGCUGCCAUGUCUGUUACAAUAACAUCUGUGAAGAGAGUUCAGAGUUCUCCAAACCUAUUGGCUGCAGGGAGUGAUUCUCAGUCACCAGACUCAGCUUGGAGAUCUUACAAUGAUCGAAAUCAAGAGACACUGAACGGAGAUGCUACAUAUUCCUCUCUUGCAGCAAAAGGUUUUAGAAGCGUUCGACCAAACUUACAAGAAAAAAAGUCACCAACUCAGAGCCAGAUAACAGUGAAUGGAAACUCUGGAGGUGCUGUGAGUCCAAUGAGUUACUAUCAAAGGCCGUUUUCCCCUUCAGCUUACUCUCUCCCAGGCUCGCUCAAUUCAAGCAUUAUCAUGCAGCAUGGCCGCUCACUGGACUCCGCAGAGUCGUAUCCCCAGCACGCGCAGUCCCUGGACGGCACCAUGGGCAGCUCCAUCCCCCUGUACAGGUCCUCGGAGGAGGAGAAGAGGGUGACGGUCAUCAAAGCCCCGCACUACCCGGGGAUCGGGCCCGUGGAUGAAUCCGGAAUCCCCACAGCAAUUAGAACGACAGUUGACAGACCAAAGGACUGGUACAAGACAAUGUUUAAGCAAAUUCACAUGGUGCACAAGCCAGAUGAUGACACAGACAUGUAUAAUACUCCUUAUACAUAUAAUGCAGGCCUGUACAACUCACCCUACAGCGCUCAGUCACACCCUGCGGCAAAGACCCAGACCUACAGACCCCUCUCCAAAAGUCACUCCGACAAUGGCACUGAUGUCUUUAAGGAUGCCUCCUCCCCUGUCCCUCCCCCACAUGUUCCUCCUCCUCCUCCACUUCGGCCAAGAGAUCGAUCUUCAACAGAAAAGCAUGACUGGGAUCCUCCAGAUAGAAAAGUGGACACAAGAAAAUUUCGUUCUGAGCCAAGGAGUAUUUUUGAAUAUGAACCCGGGAAGUCAUCCAUUCUCCAGCAUGAAAGACCACCCCCUCUCCCAACAACUCUGACACCUGUUCCAAAAGAACCCAGCCGGAAGCCUCUUUCUGUUUCAAGAGACGGAGAAGUAACGGGUAGCCCCUCCCCUCCGCCCAGGACUGGCCUCCCCAUACCAAGCCCGUGCACCCCGACUCUUUCCCCCACCUUGACUGAUCGCAUAAAUCCAGAUGACAUAGAUUUAGAAAAUGAGCCCUGGUAUAAAUUCUUUUCAGAACUGGAGUUUGGACGCCCGCCCCCUAAAAAGGCUCUGGACUAUGUUCGAGAUCAUUCUUCUGGUGUUUCCAAUGAGGCCUCCCUGUAUCAAACCUCUAUAGACAGAAGCCUGGAAAGACCUACUAGUUCUGCGAGCAUGGCCAGUGACUUUAGGAAAAGGAGGAAGAGCGAACCUGCGGUGGGGCCACCCAGGGGCUUGGAUCCAAGUGCGAGCAGGACCAGCCCAGGGCGAGCGGACCUCCCGGGACCAGGCGGCCCCGUGACAAAGUCUUUCAUCAGUUCUUCUCCUCCUUCCCCCUCAAGAGCAAAAGGUGGGGAUGAUAUAUGUCCGUCCCUUUACAGUUACUCAGGGCUCAACGGCAACCCCUCCAAUGAGUUAGAUUACUGUAACGCUUACAGACAGCAUUUGGAUGUCCCUCGUGACUCACAGAGGGCCAUUACUUUCAAGAACGGCUGGCAGAUGGCCCGACAGAACGCAGAGGUCUGGAGCAGCACUGAGGAGACGGUGUCCCCCAAAAUCAAAUCCCGCAGCUGUGAUGAUCUCCUAAACGAUGACUGCGAUAGCUUCCCCGACCCCAAAACCAAGUCAGAGAGUAUGGGUUCUCUGUUAUGUGAAGAGGACUCCAAGGACAGCUGCCCUAUAGCGUGGGCCUCCCCCUAUAUCCAGGAGGGUCGGAGUAACGGCAGGUCGAGGCUCCGGCACAGGUCAGCCCACAACGCCCCGGGGUUCCUCAAAAUGUACAGGAAAAUGCAUCGCAUUAACCGCAAGGAUUUGAUGGCGUCCGAGGUGAUCUGCUCCGUCAAGUCGAGGAUAAUGCAGUACGAGAAGGAGCAGCAGCACAAGGCCUUGCUGCACGGAUGGAGCCAGUCCUCCACCGAGGAGGUGCCCAGGGACAUGGUCCCCACCCGCAUUUCUGAAUUCGAAAAGCUGAUUCAAAAGUCCAAGUCCAUGCCCAAUUUAGGAGACGAAAUGUUAUCUCCCAUCAGCCUAGAAGCUCAACAAAAUGGUUUAUGUCCCAAGAGGCGAUUUUCCAUUGAGUCUUUGCUGGAGGAAGAAGGUCAGAGCAGACACGCUUCGCAUAUGCAGCGGAGCUACGAGCCCCAAGCCCUGGUCCCGAUUCAUAUCGAGGUCACCAGUGACGAGCAGCCCAGAGCGCACGUAGAGUUCUCCGAUAGCGACCAGGACGGCGUCGUGUCUGACCACAGCGAUUACAUUCACGUCGAAGGAUCAUCCUUCUGCAGCGAGAGCGACUUCGAUCACUUUUCUUUCACGUCCUCUGAAAGCUUCUACGGGUCCAGCCACCAUCACCACCAUCACCAUCACCGACACCUGAUCAGCUCCUGCAAAGGCAGAUGCCCGGCCUCCUACACCCGGUUCACCACGAUGCUGAAACACGAAAGAGCCAAACACGAGAACGCCGAAGAGCCCAGAAGACAAGAAAUGGACCCUGGGCUCUCUAAGCUUGCGUUUCUGGUCAGUCCCGUGCCUUUCCGGAGGAAAAAAAAUUCGACGCCCAAAAAACAGACUGAAAAGGCAAAAUGUAAAGCUUCUGUAUUUGAGGCUCUGGACUCCGCCCUUAAAGACAUCUGUGACCAGAUUAAAGCCGAAAAGAGAAGGGGAAGUCUGCCGGACAACAGUAUCCUGCACCGUCUCAUCAGUGAGCUUCUGCCGGAUAUCCCCGAGAGGAACUCGUCGCUUAGAGCUCUGAGAAGGAGCCCCAUGCACCAGCCUUUCCACCCACUGCCUCAAGACGGUGCUAUGCAUCGUCCGUUGUACCAGAACGAUCGUGGGAGAAUGCCUCACAGUGCCUCUUUCCAAGACGCGGACACCACCACCGCCAACUACCCUCACCAAGACUAUGACAGUGCACGGAGUCUCCAAGACCACGAGUCCCCUAGAAGCUACGCAUCCACCAUGACUGACCUGGGGAGAAGCGCACCUCGGGAAAGAAGAGGAACUCCAGAAAAAGAGAAAUUGCCUGCAAAAGCUGUUUAUGAUUUUAAAGCUCAAACAUCUAAGGAGCUGUCAUUUAAGAAAGGAGAUACUGUCUACAUCCUCAGGAAAAUAGAUCAAAAUUGGUAUGAGGGAGAGCACCACGGCAGAGUGGGCAUCUUCCCAAUCUCCUACGUCGAGAAACUCAUACCUCCCGAAAAAGCACAGCCUGCAAGACCCCCUCCGCCAGCGCAGCCUGGAGAAAUCGGAGAAGCUUUGGCCAAAUAUAAUUUCAGCGCUGACACAAAUGUGGAGCUAUCACUGAGAAAGGGAGAUAGAGUUAUUCUUCUUAAAAGAGUUGAUCAAAACUGGUAUGAAGGUAAAAUCCCAGGAACCAGCAGACAAGGCAUCUUCCCUGUUUCCUAUGUAGAAGUUGUCAAGAAGAAUCCAACCACAGGUGCUGACGAUUACCCCGACCCUCCAAUCCCCCACAGCUACUCUAGUGAUAGACUCCACAGCUUAAGUUCCAAUAAGCCACAGCGUCCUGUGUUUACUCAUGAAAACAUUCAAGGUGGGGGGGAACCGUUUCAGGCUCUGUAUAACUAUACUCCUAGGAAUGAAGAUGAGCUGGAGCUCAGAGAAAGUGACGUCAUUGAUGUGAUGGAGAAGUGUGACGAUGGAUGGUUUGUGGGAACCUCAAGAAGAACCAAAUUCUUUGGUACUUUUCCCGGAAACUAUGUCAAGAGGCUGUGAAUCGCUGUCUCCCUACAUUGCAAGACCCAUUUCAGCACCACAUCUGCAGACCCUUGCCUGAAAGAGCCCCCUCACCCCCCCGCACACACUGUCCUGCCUUCUGGUCUCCUCUAGAAGUCCCCCAGCCCUCCCACCUCUACCUGCCACCAAACCACCAGCAAAGGGACUGCCGCUGCCCAGCCCUGGGGAGGCUGGGGGCUUGCUUCUGCGUGAACAUGCGUAGUCCUGACUUCUGCUCUAAACUUGGAAAAGUCGCUAUGCGAGAUCAGAGAGAAGAUGGUUAGAGUUAGAAAGGGAGAAGUAUUUGAGGCAAAAAAAAAAAAAAAAAGGAAAUAUCUGAAGAAUCUCUCUAGUCCACUUUGAAAGGCUUUCUCCCCUCAGACAAGCAGAAAUUGGUUAUUCCUAAAUGCUGUGGUUUGUGUUUUCACAUUCUUAGCUUGGCAGUGUAUUUUCCUUUCACGAGUUUGCCUAGUGUCCUGGUUUACACAACACGAAAAACUGUCCUUCGGCUAUUGUUUGCCUGCACUUACAUAUUGUAAUACGCACAGUGAUUACAAAACCUAAAGCAAGCAUAGGAAAGUUAAUUCGGAUGAGUGUGAUUUUAUUGAUUGAAUGUGAGUUUUCAAAUAGGAGUCUUUUCCUGCAGUUUUUUUUUCUGUACUUUUUAGAAGUGCAAACCGUUAAGUGAACAAGAGCCUUUGGUAAUAAUCAUGAGACUAUAAGAGGUUUAGCUAGACUACAAAAAAAAAAAAUCCAACAAAAAACAAAAACCUAUUGUGUUGUAAAGUUGCAUUGCUAUUUUAUAUUAAAAUGUAAUAAUCAGCAUCAUGAACAAUGAGCUCUUAGUGUUUUAUUUAUCUGGUAAAAUUUUAAUGAAAGCAGUGUUAGUGAGAGGUGCAAAGAAUUAUUCUAAUGUAGACACUUGAAAGUAUCUGUAAGCAAUAUUCAUAGGUAAGUUUUCACUGUGUGCACACAUAUACAUUUGAGAUUGUACGAGAACAGACAAUCCAUAUGGUGUGUUGUACAUUUUAUGGAAAUGUAAAGGAAUCCCACACGUUAUUUUAUAGAAAUAGAGUACUUCAGAAGCAUCACAAGUAUUAUGGCUGGUUUUAGCAAGGAUUAUGAUCAAUACAAUUAUUUUUACUACGAUAGUUAUUUUUCUUCUAUGGAACUCAGAAUCCUGGCAACAUUUGAGGACAGGAAUAUGUUGAGCCUGAUUUUUCUGGUGUGUGUGAAAUAUUUCCUCGGAAUCCAUGAGGCACUUUCGGAAGCAAUGUUAAAUCCUUCAGGUUAUGUUUUCUGCCCUGAAGUAGAAAUUUACAAAUUGGCUUUGGGACCUGAAAGAUUUAACGUGGCUAACAGUGCCUGAACUACACAUACCUUGAGAACUAGCUUUGUAUUUCUUAUGACUUUGCAUAAGAACUAUUCAUAUCUGGAUCUUGAGCACCUUAUAGAUUAAACUUUUUAUGGCAUUUCUUCUGUGGACAGUGAUUGAUCUUUUCACAAUGUAUGUAGACUCCAGAAUUUUGUACAUACGUUUGCUCCUUUUUUUGUACAGACUAUUUAGUUGUCGAGAAAAACGGAAAUUUCCUAAUUUGGUCUUUAUCUUUCACUUUAAACUAAGCUAAAACACUUUCCAACAGAUUAUCCUUUACAUAUCCCACAGAUCACAAGCACACCUUGAUUGUGCAAUUCUGUAAGAUAGAAUUUAUGCAAACGUUUAUGAACUUAAAAGAUCUUAGCAGCCAAACUGAAAUGUACUGAUUACAGAGGAGUUUCAUUCGUUAGAAGGUAAAGAAACAUCUUCGAGUAGCCUACCUUGAUAACUGUCAAGUUUGCAAUCAGCUUUAUAUCUUAAAGGCUUUGGGUUUGAAAUUAAGUCAACUGCAUGCAGCUUUGCUGAUAAAUGAGUAAUUAUCCUUGAUGCCAUUUAUGAGAAAAGAUUUCAAUAUCUGUUGCCUGUCAUAUUUAAGAAAAAUUACUGUUUCUACUCUCUGUAUCUGAUUUUAAAAGAAAAAAAUGUUCAUACCUGGCUUUCAGGUAAUUGCCUUUGAAUUCUUACAAGCGAAGGUCAUUGUGUUUUUCUUGAAUAGACACCUAAUAAAUUUUGCUUGGAAGUAUA